AUGGAUCCCGAUCUGCGCUCCCAGCUCAACAUGCUGCUGAUCAAUGGCGGCCACGACAAGAAGCUCCAAGAACAACUCCUCUACACCCUCAACGCACACUCGAACAACUGGCCAACACAAGUACAAAAUCGCGCCCUCGCCCUCCUCCGCAGCGGCGAGGUGACCACGUUCCCCGUCCUCCUGAAACAGAUCCUCGACGAGGUGCGCAAGGAAACAGCCGCAGGACCCGCCCCCAAGACAUCUUCGUCAUCAUCAGCAAACGGCAACGGCCCAGCAGAGUCAGGCGCAGGCGGCAGCAGCACCAACAACGGCGCGGGGGCCACGGUGCAGGUGAACGGCUCCAAGAAGCACGCAGGGCCCGGGCCCGGCGAGGCGUCGAACCUCAACAGGGAGACGACAACAUCACUAGCCGUGCCUGCCACCGUCGUCGAGGAGGCCCUCAAGGUCACGAGAGACGUGCUGAAGGAGGUCGCCGAGUUCGAGGAGGAGUCCAACGGUGCCACCUGA